AUGGAAAAAGUAGCAGCUGGCAUUGCCGGGCUCAGCUGGAGUUCUGUGGCUUUACCGUUGGAUGUGAUCGUUAGCAAAUUCCGGCUCCCAACUCUGGUGAAACUGGGAAAAGGGGAGUAUGUGGAAGGGGUAAGUGACCAGGACGUUAUCUUGAUUCAUUCCUGUCGACAGUGGACCACAGUGACUGCACACAGCUUAGAGGAAGGACACUACGUAAUUGGGCCGAAGAUAGACAUUCCUCUCCAGUACCCAGGGAAGUUCAAGUUGCUGGACCAGGAUCGAGAUGUGCGCGAGCCAGUGCAGUAUUUCAGCAGUGUAGAGGAGGUGGCGAGCGUCUUUCCUGACCGUAUCUUUGUUAUGGAAUCCAUCACAUUCAGCGUCAAGGUGGUGUCUGGGGAGUUCAGUGAAGACAGUGAGGUUUACAACUUUACCUUGCACACAGGGGAUGAACUAACUCUGAUGGGCCAGGCUGAGAUCUUAUGCGCCAAAACAGUCAAGGAAAAGUCACGUUUCAACACUAUUCUCAAGAAACUGGGCAAAACGGGCACCCUUGGUAAACAGGUUAAGGGUAAGAUGCCAUGCUUGAUCUGCAUGAACCAUCGCACCAACGAGAGCCUUAGCCUGCCUUUUCAGUGCAAGGGAAGUUUUAGCACUCGGAGUCCACUGGAGCUACAAAUGCAGGAGGGUGAACACACCAUCAGAAGUAUCAUUGAGAAGGUGCGAUUGCCUGUAAAUGUUGUCGUUCCCACUCGCCCUGCUCGCAACCCUUAUGACCACCAUGUUAUCCGUGAAGGUCACCGCUACAAGUUGGUGAGCAUUAUCUCCAAAACUGUGGUUUUGUGUUGCCUUCUGCGAAAAGAAGAAGUGAACCCCUUCCACUUUCUACUUCUUACAGACAUGCCACGUUUUUCUCUCCCUGAGGGUCUCCUCUGUGGGGACCCUCACUUUGACAAACUGGUGAGAGACUGCUCUCUUUUCUGCCAAGAGCAAAAGUUUAACCCAGAUGAAUACUCCAAGGCUGUUCGAGAAACAAAGACAGAUUUUGCAGAGGAAUGUGCCAGCCCUCGUAAGAUCAGAGUAUGUUUGCAAGGUUUCUCUGCUGGCUCAAUCAACUAUACCCGUGAGGAGCUUAGCCAAGGUCUUCAGCGGCUUUCCCUCUGUGUUUAUAGUGGGACACUUCCAGAAGAUCCCAGUCCACGGGACUGCAGGGAGGUUCAACAUCAGGGUCUGGGGUCCUCUUCUGACAACUCAGAUCUUGAUCGGGAGUACAUGACUCCAGAUUGGGUUGAACAUGAUUUUAGGACUCAGGAGCAACUUGAGAUUCCAUAUGAAGAACUUUGGACCAACCAGAACACUGAGAAUUAUUCUGAGCCAAGUAGCAAGCCGAUUGGUUUAGAGAGUGGAAAUAAGACUCACCAGGACCUUAUCUCUUUUGUGACAACUUCUCCAUUAGAAGGGAAAGCAGUUUCUCCACCACCAGCCUUAGCUGUGGAGGAAACAAGGACAGAGACUCCACCACCCGUCCCACCAAAAUCUGAAGCAGUCAGGGAAGAGUGCCGUCUUCUCAAUGCCCCUCCUGUACCUCCACGUGGUGGGAGACAGUUUUCCAACUCAAGUCCGCCCGUCCCACCUCGGUUUCCAAAAGCCCAACUUCCUCCAUCCAACUCUCCUAAUCCGAGCUUGUCGUACUACUCAUCCGGGCUCCAUGACAUAUCAGGAACUCGCAGUGGAAGCUGUUCCCCAUCCCCAGACUCUUAUUCACUGUACUGUUACCCUUGCACCUGGGGUGAUUGUAAGGCAGGAGACACUACCACUCGCCAGAUGACAGGGAGCAUGGCUUCCACUGGUCAACCAACUCAGACUUCCUGGUCAGACUCCUGGCCCUACGCUGAUACAGGGCCAAGUGUGGCUAGCGGCAGAACCACUCCUUUGCUCAGCACAGAUACCACUAUUAAGACAUACUAUAGUUGUCCAAGAUUAAAACCCCCUCAAACUCAGAAACGUUUUGCUCCCUUUGGGGCUUUAAACCCUUUUGCAAACCCAGCUUUUGCCUCCUCCCCUUCAUCGUCAGGGGAAUGGUUGGACCCUCUAGAGCACCAGAAAUCCCCCUCUUCUUCUGCUUCAGAAGUUCUUGACCCAUUUGAUGUGAGCAACAGCCAGAGUACCACCCCAGAUUCUGCCUCUAUUGGUUCAGAGUUGCGUUAUGAGUCCAUCUUUAAAUCAAACGGAGCAGGAACCUGUCCUCCACCCCCACCUCGGACCACAAAAGGGUUUGAGACUGAGAACAUUGUGAUCAGGAGCACCGCCCCACUCUCACCGACCAUUGUAAGAGGUGCAGAAGGGGGGAUCACUAGAGUUUAUCUAACGCAAGGGGUCAUUGAGGUUCCCCCAAUGUCCUCUAGAAGUAACAUUGACACAUCUUCUUCCCAUACACCAGGAAUGCCCAGACUUAGUGGAGAUGCCCCAGUUUGGCACCCUCCUGCUGAUCUUUCAGCUCUCUCAGUGGAAGAAGUUUCCCGGUGCUUGAGAUUUAUCGGACUUUCAGAGGAUGUGGUGACUUUCUUUGUUCGUGAGCGUAUUGACGGCAGCAUAUUCGUGCAGCUGACAGAGGAGAUUUUGUCAGAUGACUUUAAACUAACCAAGCUGCAGGUGAAGAAGAUUAUGCAGUUUAUAAAGGGCUGGAGGCCAAAAAUUUAA